CCGCGACGGGAGCGCAUUCGCCCGCGAGAGCUCGGCCGCGCAUGUUGACACGUGACGCGCCGCGAGAACCCACGUGAUCGGACCCUCGCGACGAGCCGAGCCGACAGCCCUGCUGACCGAGCGGCCGACUUAACGGAACGGGAAGAGCCCGGAGCUUCAAAGCACGCAAUCGAAAGUCGCUCGACGGCGGCGAACGACCGGAAUUUUCACCGAGAGCCGCCGAGUUUCACUUCUAACCUGAAUACGACGGUAUCCGAGCGCGCGCGCGCGCGAACUUGACAGUGUGUACAGUGUACAUGUGUGUACAUACGUCCGUCUCUUCUCACACCAGCCGCGACUCCGUGGCCCGGUAGACGUUGCCCCGAGGUGAUUACAUAAACCUUCCUCUGCGAGAGAGAGAAAAGCGUCGUUAAUUCAAAAAAAAAAAAAAAAAAAAAAAGAAAGAUGUGGCCGAAGGACGUCGGCAUCCGGGCGCUGGAGGUGUACUUUCCGGCGCAGUACGUGGAGCAGACGGAUCUGGAGGCGUUCGACGGCGUCUCCGCGGGCAAGUACACCAUCGGACUCGGUCAGUCGCGGAUGGGCUUCUGCAACGACCGCGAGGACAUCAACUCGCUGUGCCUGACGGUGACGCAGCGUCUCCUGGAGCGGCACGGCAUCGAGCCCCGGGAGAUCGGGCGACUCGAGGUAGGCACCGAGACCAUCAUCGACAAGAGCAAGUCGGUCAAGUCCGUGCUGAUGCAGCUGUUCGAGCCGUACGGCUGCACCGACAUCGAGGGCGCGGACACGACGAACGCCUGCUACGGCGGCACUGCCGCUCUCUUCAACGCCGUCUCCUGGGUGGAGAGCAGCUCCUGGGACGGGAGAUUCGCUCUGGUCGUGGCGGCUGACAGCGCCGUCUACGCGGAGGGCAGCGCCAGACCAACCGGAGGCGCGGGUGCCAUCGCCAUCCUGGUGGGUCCGGAAGCUCCUCUGGUGUUCGACCGCGGCCUCCGGGCGUCCUGCAUGCGACACGCCUACGACUUCUACAAGCCGGACCUGCGCUCUCUGUACCCGGUCGUCGACGGCAAGCUGUCGAUCAAGUGCUACCUGAGCGCCCUGGACAGCUGUUACCAAGUGUACUGCGACAAGGUCCAGAAGAAGGGCGGCGACAAGCAGCCGGUGACAUUGGCCAGCUUCGACGCCUUCCUCUUCCACUCGCCUUACUGCAAACUGGUGCAAAAGUCCUUCAGCCGACUGGCCUUCGUCGACUUUCUCAACGCUCCGAAGGAUCAGGCCCUCGAGGAGCGUUACAAGGACGCGGCGAGGUUCCACGCGGCCAAACUCGAGGACACCUACUUCGACCGGGACAUCGAGAAGGCGUUCAUGCAGCUGAGCAAGGCGGACUUCGAGCGGAAGACCCGACCCAGUUUAUUGAUAGCGAACCAAGUCGGGAAUAUGUACACCCCGUCCGUUUACUCCGGACUGGUCUCUCUCCUCAUCUCGAAGCCGAUCGGCGAACUGGCCGGGAACAAGAUCGGCGUGUUCUCUUACGGCUCGGGCCUCUGUUCCAGCAUGUACUCGUUAACGGUCACGAGGGACACUCAGGACGGUUCCGGUCUGUCCAAGAUCAUCGCCGCUCUCUCGUACGUCAAGCCGCAGCUCGAGGGACGUCACUGCGUCUCCCCGGCGGACUACACCAGGGUGUUGACGUUGAGGGAAGAGAACUGUCACGUUGUGCCAUUCACCCCGGAGAGCAGUAUAGACGACCUGUUUCCGGGAACGUAUUACCUGGUCCAGAUCGACGAGAAGUACAGGAGGACUUAUAAGAGAGUAUGAGAGCGGCGUGUUAGGCUUCAAGGUUUAGGGAUUAUUUAUAGUCAAUUUUUCUUCCCGAGAGUAUCGAAGUAUGUGUAAAAAUAAAAGGGCAGGGUUUGCUUCAUUCUACAAGUUCUAAUUGAUAUUCUAAGUAACAGCGAUUGUAAUCAUAUAGGCUCCUGGAUCCUCUUCGCGGUCAUGUUGGAUUGUGACGAGCCAGGAGCCUUCCCAGCAAACACCGAUAUAUAAUUACAUUGCUACAAUAAAACGGAAUAU